CGUCACUGCGCCACCCCCGCGGAAGGCCUGCCUCGCCACUCGUGGCUGUUCGCGGCGCUGGGACGGAGUCAUGGCGCGCGAGCUGCGGGCUGCGCUGCUGUGGGGCCGCGGGCUGCAGACUACACUGCGGGCUCCGGCGCUGGCGGGCGUCCGGCGAGGAAAGCCAGUUCUGCACCUUCAGAGAACCACAGUCCAGUUUACGGGCUCUGCACAAAGCCUGACUUCAAGGAUCUCUGCAGGACAGUUAUACAGCACACAUGCAGCCGAGGACAAGAAGGAGGAGGUCCUGCACUCCAUCAUCAGCAGCACCGAGGCUGUGCAGGGUUCUGUCUCUAAACAUGAGUUCCAGGCAGAGACAAAGAAACUUUUGGACAUUGUGGCCCGUUCCCUGUACUCGGAAAAAGAGUUUCAGGACACUGGCAUUGGGAUGACACAGGAGGAGCUGGUGUCCAACCUGGGCACAAUCGCCAGAUCAGGGUCAAAGGCCUUCCUUGAAGCACUACAGAACCAGGCAGAGACCAGCAGCAAGAUCAUUGGCCAGUUUGGAGUGGGUUUCUAUUCAGCCUUCAUGGUAGCUGACAAAGUUGAGGUCUAUUCCCGCUCUGCGGCCCCAGACAGCCCAGGUUACCAGUGGCUUUCAGAUGGUUCUGGCGUGUUUGAAAUUGCCGAAGCUUCAGGAGUCAGACCUGGGACCAAAAUAAUCAUCCACCUCAAGUCGGACUGCAAAGAUUUCGCUAACGAGUCGCGGGUGCAAGAUGUGGUGACAAAGUACAGUAACUUUGUCAGCUUCCCCUUGUACCUUAAUGGAAGGCGGAUUAACACCUUGCAGGCCAUCUGGAUGAUGGACCCAAAGGACGUCAGUGAGCUGCAGCAUGAGGAAUUCUACCGUUACAUUGCUCAGGCUUAUGACAAACCCCGUUUCACUUUGCACUAUAAGACGGACGCACCACUCAACAUCAGUAGCAUCUUCUAUGUGCCAGAGACGAAACCAUCCAUGUUUGACGUGAGCAGGGAACUGGGCUCCAGCGUGGCACUUUAUAGCCGCAAGGUCCUCAUCCAGACCAAGGCUACAGAUAUCCUGCCCAAAUGGCUACGCUUUGUUCGAGGUGUGGUGGACAGUGAGGACAUCCCCUUGAACCUCAGCCGAGAGCUCCUGCAGGAGAGCGCGCUCAUCCGGAAACUCCGGAAUGUUCUACAGCAGAGAUUGAUCAAGUUCUUCCUUGACCAGAGUAAAAAAGAUUCUGAAAAAUAUGCCAAGUUCUUUGAAGAUUACGGCUUGUUCAUGAGGGAGGGCAUUGUGACUACUGCAGAGCAAGACGUCAAGGAGGACAUCGCAAAGCUGCUACGGUACGAGUCUUCAGCCCUGCCUGCUGGACAGCUGACCAGUUUAUCAGACUAUGCCAGCCGAAUGCAGGCUGGCACCCGUAACAUCUAUUACCUCUGUGCCCCUAACCGGCACCUGGCUGAGCAUUCACCAUACUACGAGGCCAUGAAGCAGAAACACACUGAGGUGCUCUUCUGCUACGAGCAGUUUGAUGAACUCACUCUGCUGCACCUGCGAGAGUUUGACAAGAAGAAACUGAUCUCUGUGGAGACAGACAUUGUCGUUGACCACUACAAGGAAGAAAAGUUUGAGGACACAUCUCCAGCUGCUGAGCGCCUGUCCGAGAAGGAAACAGAGGAGCUAAUGGCCUGGAUGAGGAACGCACUGGGGUCCCGUGUCACCACCGUGAAGGUGACUUUCCGCCUGGACACCCACCCUGCCAUGGUGACGGUGCUGGAGAUGGGGGCUGCUCGGCACUUCCUGCGCAUGCAGCAGCUGGCCAAGACCCAGGAGGAACGCGCUCAACUGCUACAGCCUACGCUGGAGAUAAACCCCAGGCACACACUAAUAAAGAAGCUCAGUCAGCUGAGAGAGCGUGAGCCGGAGCUGGCCCAGCUGCUGGUGGAUCAGAUCUAUGAGAACGCCAUGAUAGCCGCAGGACUCGUCGAUGACCCCCGGCCCAUGGUAGGCCGCUUGAACGACCUUCUGGUCAAGGCCCUGGAGAAACACUGACAGCCCAGAGACCGGGUCUAGUGUGCAACCCAGGCCUUCUCAGUGACAGAUGGAGCUGCCUGGGGAGGGAGGACUUGAUACACGGAUGAUGCCACCAAUUGCUCAAGUUUGGCUUUAUUUACCUCAAUUAAACAGUAUAGCAGUCCA